AUGUUCUCCAGCCUCGCGACCAAAAUCGCCCUCAAAAAGGCCGGCAUCCCCUCCAACGCACUCGACUUCUCGUCCCCCCGCGAACCCAACAAGCUGCGCAAAGACCAACCCGCCGACGACCAAGAGUCCAGCAACUGGUCCAGCUGGCUGUCCUACAAGUCCCUCCCCCUCACCGUGCACCCGUGGCUCUCGCCGCCCCCGCCGCCCAUCCAAGUCUCCCGCGUCCCGCGCAUAGGAGAGCCCGCGCCGCGCGACAGGCACGACAAGCUGGCCACCGGCCGCGGGAGACGCGUCCUGGUCGUCUUCCUACGCUGCGUAGGGUGCGCAUGUAAGUCCCCAGAGUCCCAAUUGGCCCCCCCGUCCAUCCAAAAAAAACUAACGCUCCCUGCCGACGCAGUCGCCCAAAAGACCUUCAUCAACCUCCGGACGCUGGCCAACCGCCACAGCCAGACCGUGACCUGCGUCGCCGUCAGCCACGCCUCGGAGCCAGCCACCCGCAAAUGGAUCGACCUCCUGGGCGGCGCGUGGAACGUGCAGGUCGUCAUUGACGAAGACCGCGCCAUCUACGCGGCGUGGGGCCUCGGCGUCGCCAACGUGUGGCACCUGUUCAACCCGACGACCCAGGUGCAGGGGUGGAAGGAGAAGGGCUGGCUGGGCGACAAGGUGGCCGAGGCGAUGCAGCGCAAGGGGACGACGACGGCGCAGCCCGCGAGAAACCAACAACACCCCGAGAGACGGCGCGCCGCGGGUGCUGGUGGUGCUGGGGGUGGCGGCGUCGGGCCCGGCGAGGACGACAACGUCGACGACGACGACGGCAUUUCCACCGUUAUGGGGAACAAGUGGCAGGAGUCGGGCGCUUUUGCCAUUGACGGGAGGGGGACCGUCAUUUGGGGAGGCAAGGCCAUGAGGGCAGAUGACGUGAUGGACUUGGAAGAGGGCGCUAAGCUUUUGGCCUUGUGA